AUGGGAUCAUUCUCGCUUCCCGUCUUGCAGUUGCGCGACAAGGCCGAGCUCUUUCCUGUGCUUACACUAUGCAACUGCAUAAGUGAUGCGGAGGAAAGCUCCAACGGGGCUCGAUACAGCGCCCAGGACAAAUUUACGGGAUGCGUGUACGAAGUGCGUUGUCUUCCUUUGAAGGUGUCGGGAUCCAAGAAAGAGAUUGAGAGAGCAUUGGGUAUGCAGCAGCAGCGAUUGGAUGCAUUGGUUGCGGCUUCACAGCGUAGGAACAUGUUGCCAUCUGUUUUGCUUCCCAUUGAUGCCUACGUACAAGAAUUAGCGGCAAGCAAAGAGUACUUUGUUAUCUCAGUCUCAUCGUUUGCGGGUCUUUCUUUGGGCGACAUGAUUCGAUCCGGUUGUCGGCUUUUGGAGGAUGCUGACUUUAAGGAAAUUCUUAGCUGCGUCGAGGAGUACGCCUUGGAGAGCGUACGAUUGCCACCGCACCGCAAUUUAACUCUGAACGCCAUCCUACGACAGCUUGCCCUUCGUCCUGGCACCGUUGAAAUAAGUCACUCGUCGCGUUGGGCGAUUGGUGACUGGUUGUUGUUUGCGGAGAACACGGCGUCCAUAACGCAUGAGGAGUUAGUUAGAGAUUUGGAAUGGCUGUUGUAUUCGGCUUUCUCAAAACUAAAUGUCUCUCGUGAUGGUAACGGGGAUGUGCUGCAGAAAGAUAUUGUGGAGAUGCGCAUCAGCGAGACGAUUGAGCGCAUUAAAAGGGGCCCCAUGAAUGGUGUAAGGCGUGAUCUCAUAGCAACUUUUGGCGAUACCCAUGUAAAAAGGCAAAGCGAUCGAAGAAGGUCUCUGGUUGAAGGUUAUGCGGCUCCUGCGGCUCCUGUUGACGGGGGGGAUGGCGCAAAUGAGUUGGUAGACGAGGUUGCCUUGCAUAGGCAAAAACUACACCAGGAGCAGCACAUUCUUCAGAGCUUUCGCAGAGAAAAGGGGAAGGAAGGUGGCAGCCGAGUUGUACUUCGCCACAACGAGGUGGAGCCGGACGAAGUGGAGGUUCCGCGGCGGCGUGUAAAGUUUAUGGAAACGCUUUACCCGAGCAAAAUUCUCAGGAACGUCACAUUAGAGACGGAGGAGAGUAGAAGGCGGUUUGUCGGACGGAAACAGGCCAUAAUAGAUGUUGUCACGGAAACAUUAGAUAUAGGUUUACAGCGUGAUGCUCGAAACCGCAAAAUGGAAGAGGAAGCAAGACACAUGAGACGCGAUGCAAUUCUCUCCAUGUUGAUGCGAUCAGCAACGAUCUCAAGCAAGCGUGCAAAAUACCCUUCUGUAGACACAGGAAGCGCGCCACACGGUACGCCGCCCUCACUGCAUGGGACUCCUCGUUUUAAGCCUUACAGUCCUUCAGCAACGAAGGGGCCAAGUCCACGCGGUGAUGACUCGAUGUAUGAUCGUGCGACAGUAAUGCAUCCGAGCCCUUCCCCCAGAGCACGGCGGCCUGAUCUACAGCGAAGGGCAGUUUUACCCGUUUUACCGUCCAAAAGAGGGGAAAGUGAACGUAUUUCGACGCCACAGCGUGAUUUGAAUGAUGUGAAUGAGGAUCAUUUGCUCUCCAGCACUUCUUCUAGAAAGAAAGAGGCAGUUUUGCCUAUCGCAAAGGCCAUUGUCGGGAUUCCAACAAACGGGAAUAUCACCGGCAGGACUAAUAAGCGAAUGUCAUCAUCAAGAAGAAGUUCCGUCAAUAGCGCAAACAUAACGGAACGGCCAACAUUCACUGGUGGUUCUCCUUUGGUAAAGCCACCACAAUCGACAAGGAGGCGCCAACUAUCAGAAAUGGGGAAUAGACGCAACGUUCGCUCAGCACCUCGAAGGCUGGCAGGGAAUUAUUCAACUCCACAUGUAGCAGUUGGAAACAGGGCCGCAUCUGCGACGAAUGUCAUUCGUGCUUCAGUAACGUCACAUUAUCAGAGUGAGAUGCCUAGUGUAUCGGAGCCCAACUGGAGAGGUGAAGGUGAUUAUCGGUUGCCUCGUCGACGUUCAAAAAUUGCUGUAGAUUCGGGAGCUGUCUUACGGGGUCAUGUUCGUCCCGUAAACGAGACCUCGUUGGGUAUCACAAUGAGACGUCGUUAUGCAGCCCCUGGCGAAGGCAUUGUGUGA